GUCUUGAGAAUUUGCCUUCAACAAAGAGCAAGGUCUUGAGAAUCUGCUUCGUUUGGGUCAAGAUGGUGGGCUCCGCAGCCGCACAAGUCCAUGGUCUCGGGCUGUAUGGUCCGGGCUUGUAGCUCCGUCGACGGCAGAAGCAAGGUCUACAGAGAACUCGGAAUCUUUAUGGCAAGUGAAGAUGCCAGACUACAAAAGGUCCUAUCCUUUCCAUCAAUAACUGAGGCUUUUUGGAAGUGCCACCACAGCCAAUAUAUUUCCCAACUUCCAAGUGCCACAUGGAUAUGCUGCCGAGGCAAGAACAAGCUAAGCUUGCAGCUUGUCCUGGUAGCAGCAUUGUCACGGGAAGCUCUGGCAAGAGUGGGAAGCACACAGUUGCUGGUGCAAGGGCUGUGCAAGGGUUGCGCUGGAUAUCAAAGUCUCCUCAAUCGGAGUUCACCAAAAUCCAAUGCAAGUGGUGCAGCAACUUCCUAUAAUUCAGUACGGGUGAGAAGAUCCAGCUACCUAGAGACCAUGCAAUAAAGACAAAUCUCAUGAACUGAUUAAAUCUAGACCUUUGGCCUAUGCAGGUGGCCCUAAUCCAAAGCAGUUUGCACUAAAUAGAUGAGAUUAGACGGAUGACCUCCGGUUGCUCUUCGAGAUGGUGCAUCAGCAUCACUAUUCUGAUAUGCAUGGCUGCCCCUCUGAUCACUGGACUGCUGCCCAGGAUGCUAUUGCUAAAGGAAUCCCCAUCCGUCAUCAAGGCAAUAAGAAUUUGAUAAUAUCUUAGAACGCGGGAGCUGCGUUGAAGGGUCUCAGACUAGUCUGAUGCUAGUUUGACUUCCUGUGAGCGCAGCAUGCCAGCUAGCUCAUGUCUUGAAGCUUUAGCAUUGAGGACAUUUUCUCAUGUAAACAGCAUCUGCAACACAGCUUAUGAUAGCACAAUUUAUUUGUUGCUGGGUACGGAAUUUGUGUCUCUAACGACAUGCCACUCGGAAUCUCGGAUGGAUGGUGUCAUUCUGGUUGUAAAAAUUUGUGAUUUGAAGUAUUACUAGUUAAGAUUUGGCAAAUCGUAAGCA